AAUGACAGUUGAAUUUUUGACAUAAAGAAAAUCAAGGGAGAGAUAACAAUGUCAGGAAGUUUAUAGAUUUAUUUUCGAAAUAAAACAAAUAUUACUGACAAAAGUAACUUUAAAGUGUCUGCUCUUUAAUGUUGUUGUAGGUAUGUCCUUAAGAUUAUUAACUUCGUUUGUAUGUACCGUAAGACAGACUCUGCCGCGACAUACCAUAGCAAGAUCAGGCUUCCAAAUAAGAGCUGUAACAGGAAUGGAGGCAGCAACUCAAACAGACCCUAAAAAUGUUAUUGAAAUUGAGGCGGCAACACAAACUGAAGCCGAUAAACUUGUCCGUGAUAAAAAAUUCACGCGUUAUAUGCAACGUAAUAAGCGUCAAUGGGAAGAUGAAAUUAAGGAUAAAAAAGAAGAUGGUGAGACAGAUGGAAAGAAACCGUGUGAUGCUCCAUUUGAAAGAAUAAAAAGGAAGAAAAUGGCAAUGCUGUUAGGUUAUUGCGGAGUUGAUUACUAUGGUAUGCAACGGAAUCCUGGAGUGAGGACUAUUGAAGAGGAUCUGAUGAAGGCACUGUUUGAGGCAAAGUAUAUAACGGAGGAGGACUUUGUUAACCAACAAAAUGCCCAAUUCCAGAGGAGUUCCAGAACUGACAAAGGUGUUUCCGCAGCACGACAAGUUGUCUCACUUAAGUUACCUCUGGAAAUUGACAUAGAGGAAAUCAAUAAACGUUUACCGGAAAACAUUAAAGUAUUUGGUGUGAAAAGAGUCACAAAUAAGUUCAACUCUAAGAUCAAAUGCAACGCACGAACAUAUAGCUAUACUCUUCCAACAUAUGCUUUUGAAUCUGAUUUUGUUAAUGAUGAGGAGAAGAAGUUAUACAGAAUAACGGAGGACAAAUUGAAAGCAGUUAAUGAUGUAUUGGCUUUUUAUAUAGGAACGAAAAGUUAUCACAACUUUACAGAAAAGAAACAUUACCAAGAUCCUUCCGCAUCCAGAUAUAUGAUGAGCUUCACUCUGGAUAGAGUGUUUGUUGAUUCUGAAUGGGAGUUUGCCGAGUUAUUGGUGAAGGGCCAAAGUUUUAUGCUCCACCAAAUCAGGAAGAUGGUCGGUCUGAUGAUUGCAGUUGUGCGAGGACACACAGACAUCUCUACAUUAGAAAAGGCAUUCGGCAAAGAUAAAGUCAUGAUCCCAACUGCGCCUGGUCUAGGACUAGUUCUGGAUAAGGUACACUAUGAAAGAUAUGACGCAAAAUUCAAAGACAGCCAUGACAGUCUCACUUGGGAAGCUGAAGAGGAUUCGGUUCAGACAUUUAAAAGGGAAAAAAUAUAUCCUAACAUAGUCAAAGGUGAAAUUGAAGAUAAAUCUAUGGCAUUUUGGCUUGAGAAACUGAACAAACACAACUACGAGCCAUCUGAUGAUGUUCCUAGUGAAAAGGAGAUGGAAAACGAACAAGAGUCUGAUGAUGAAGAUGAGAAGGAGAACGAUGACUUUGACAAAGUAAAUGGUGAAGUUGCUAAAGAAAAUGGUGAUGAAGUUGAUAAAGAAAACGGUGAUGUAGUUGAUAAAGAAAAUGGUGAUUCAGUUGAGAUGAAUGUUGAUGAAGUGAAAGAUGAUGAUAAAAUUAAUGUCAUUGAUGAAAAAAAUAAUUAAGUAAAC